CAGAUGUCUCGUGCACUGCGCAAUCGCUGCAUCGAGAUCUUCAUGGACGCGCCCGACUGCGCUCGGCGACCCCCCGCGGGGAUCGAGGAGGGCCCAGAGGGGCCCGCGGAGGAGUGCGCCGCCCUGGACUUCCUGCCCGAGGUGCCCCGCCGCCUAGCGCGGCUGCUCGGAAACGGCGGCAGCAGGCCCCUCGGGGCGGCGCUGCGGUGGGCGGCGCGGAGGCUCGACGCCGACCUGGAGGGCGCAGGCGCGGACGCGCUGCCCGUGCCGCCGCCCGCGUUCCUGCUGGACGCCGCGCGUGUUCUGUCUUGCCAGCUGGCGCUGCGGCCCGUGCUGGCGCUGCAGGUGUCCCUGCUGCACGUGGCCGCCCAGGCGGUGUGGAGGUACCUGCAGGGCGCCGCGCUGUCCGAGGCCGCGGGCGGGGCCGCGGGGCAGGCGGACCCCGAGGCGGAGGCCGGCGCCGCGUGGGCGCGCGGCGUGGCGGCCGCCGCCGGCUUCACCUGGCGCGCCCUGCUGAAGUGCGCCCGCCUCUUCGCCGCCGCCGCCUCGCGGGGCGCCCACGGCCCGCUGGCGGAGGCCGACGAGCGCGGCCUCCUCGAGCGCGCCUUCGUGCAGACCUACGUCGCAGAGGUGGACGGGGGCUGCGCCGAGGAGGCGCUCUUCUCGGCCCUCUUCGAGGCCUGCAUCGGCGUCGAGUCCAUGCCGUCUUUCCGCUGGCUGGCGGAGGCGUCGCUCCGGCGCCCCGAGUCGCUGCACACGGGCCCCGCGCCCCCCGCUGAGGCAGAGGUGGCUCGGCACAGUGGCCCGCUGCUCGCUUGCGUGGCGCAGGGCGCGGGGCAGUGGGAGACCCUGGUCCAGCUGAGGCUUUUCCUCGAGAGGUCGUCCCCGGCGGACGCGCCGCUGCGCCUGCGCCGGGUGGAGCGCCUCGGGGAGCCCCUGCGCGCCGCGGCGGGCGGGUGCCGCGCCCUCCUCGAGCACGGGCUCACGCGGACCGCCAUCCCGGGGGCCGUCGACCACGUGCGCGGGCUGCUCGGCGCGCGGGCCCUGGGCGACUCGCCGCGCCACUCGUGCCAGGACGGGUGGGCCCUGGUGGACUGCGCCGGCUCGGGCGGUGCGGCGGGCUCCCCGGCGCUGGCGGCCGGCGCGGCACACCUCCGCGAGCUUCUCCGCUGCGCGCGCGCGCUGGCCGUGCACCUCCUUGCGCCCCCGGCGCCCGCGAGCGCUGGGGGCGACGCCUGGAGCCUGAGCUGCCGCUUCCAGGAGCCGACGAAGCAAUGA